AUGAACACAACCCCAAUGAAUGGAGCAAGUAAUGGCUCUGAAAACACAUCUUCAUCCAAUGUCAGAGGCCGCAGAAAGGUUCUGAUUAUUGGCGCCGGCAAGUGUUCGACGGGUCUCGCAUUGGCUCAGGGGUUGAAGAAGGCUGGAAUUCCGUUCCUGAUUUUCGAGAAAGAUGAGACCCCCGUCCGCGAGCGCAACUGGAGCAUGGGUUUACACUGGGGCUUUGAACCCCUCCAGUAUCUUAUGCCCACCGAGAUCUUGACCCAAGUUGAACAAGCCCAAGUUGAUCCCCAUGUCCCGACUAAGGAUAGCGACCGUCUUCCUCUCAUCAACGGCGAGACCGGUGCUCUCAUUACCGAAAUCAAGUCCUCGAAAUUCUACCGCUUACGCCGUGACAAAUUCAGGGCAAUGUUGCUACAAGGCCUCGACGUACAGUGGGGGAAGUCUUUGUCUGAAAUUGUGUAUUCUCCUGCUGGCGAACGAGUUACGGCCAAAUUCACCGACGGCAGUGAAGUUAUAGGCAGUAUGCUGAUCGCCGCCGACGGCCCGCAUUCAAUGACCCGCUCCCUGCUCGUUGGAGAAAAGGCUGCCCGAGUGACCCCUAUUGAUUUCGCCUCGACCAUGUGCUUUACCCAGCACACGCGUGAGCACGCUCUAUUCCUCCGGGCUCAACCUCAUCAUCCUUUAUAUCAAGUGGCACCUCAUCCAAAUGGCUACUGCGCCUGGCUGAGUCUGCAUGACGGGGAUGACAUCGAACACCCGGAGAAUUGGACAUUUUUCCAUUACAUCUCAUUCCCAGAGCCGCGUGACUAUGUCAACAUGCGUACCAUGCGUGAGCAAGUUGCGCACCAGAAAGAGCUGGCCCGUCAAUUUGUCGACCCCUGGCGCAGUGUCUUCGAAUGGAUGCCUGAAGAUAGCAAGGUGUGGUACUCAAAGCUUCGCAACUGGGAUCCAUCCCUACCGGAGCACAAGUGGAACCAUCGUCAGGGCCGGGUCACAUUGGCAGGCGAUGCGGCCCAUCCAAUGACUUUCCAACGCGGACAAGGACUCAACCACGCCAUCAAGGAUGCUUACACCGCAUGCAAGGCAAUCGAGUCUUUCUGGAACCAGGGCGAUUUUACUAUUGAACAGCGUGCCGCCGCAAUCCAGACGUAUGAAGAGGAGAUGAUUGCUCGGACCGGCGAAGAAGUUCGCUUGAGCGAGGAAAACAGCGUGAAGGUGCAUAAUUGGGACAAUCUUAUGCAGAGUCCCACGAUCACCAAGGGUAUGAAAGUUGAAAAUCAGAAUGUUCGAUAA